AUGGUGUCAAAGUCUUUUACUUUAAAAAUAGAGUCCAGCGAGAUUAAAACAACUGUUGUAACCGAUGAGUCAGAGCUGGAAGGUGUUCUUAAAUUGCUGUUUUCUAUCAUUGACGAACAACAUUAUCAAAACAAAUGGUUCGAGAGACUUUUGGGUUUAGGUAUAGAGAAGUCAUUCAGUUCAACUAUAGAUGGAGUUGUCAUUGAGAAAGUUGCAGUGCUGAAACUAUGUGUAGAAAAGUUUUGCCUUAUUGUCCACCUUAUUCACUUCAAGAAAAUACCAACUUCCCUUCAUAAGUUUCUUGAUGUUUCUGAUAUAACAGUCGUUGGUGUAGGCAUCAAACAGAACCUGUGUGAUCUCCGAAGGGAUUAUGGGAUUCAAUGUAGGAAUGCGGUAGUUGAGCUUGGAGAUUUAGCUGCUUUGGCUCAAAAGAGUCCUAUUGCAAUUUCUUUUACUGUACUGGAUUUAUGCAAGUUUGUUUUUGGUGUAUAUAAUGUGUCUACGAGUUUGGCAAAAUCAGCAGAUGUUGCUUUUGGUGAUUGGGGUAGGAGUUAG